AUGGGUACCCCCUCGCCCGGUUUUCGUAAUCUGGAGACAUACACCUACGUCCCGGAGACCGGGGCCACUUUGGUAGACCUACCGAUUCGAACUACGGUCACGGGACAAGAACGACGGGAACGAGGAGGAGUGCAGCAGGGAAGUCUAUCCUCCUCGCACCGACACUUCUGCCCAGAAGGAGGUGGUGCCUCAACAUCUGGCCCCAUGCAGAAUCAGGAACAGCAAGAACAGACACACCUACCGAGCGUGGACGGUAGUGCCUCGGUCGUCGGGCGGGACCAGCUGGAGAAUGCUGCUUUCCACUACUCCGGGGCCGUUUGUAUCGUCGACGCAGAGGACGACCCGUCGCGGGUGGUGGUGGUACGACACUCUCCGGGAAGGGGUUCUUGUGCGGAUAUUACUAGUAAGACAACCUCCGUAGGUGGUCCUCGUGGUGGGCAGUUCCAUCAGCACAACGGGGAGCAGCUGCGUCCUCCCAUCGGCAAAAAAUUGUUGACCAAGGCGUCGCAGAACGUGACCAGUGUGUUCC